ACAAACCAGUUCUAUGUCCAAGAAUGAGAUUCAGCAGAAGAAAUGUCCUGAAGGAAAAUCCCCUGGCUCCACGGGGAGGGAUCAACACUGAAGAAGAAUUCAUGCUAAAAUAGUUGAUAGAAAGUGCAUGAAAAGGUAUAAAACUAGGCACAGAGGCACAGCUGUCCUAAAUGGUGCUGAUCUCUCACAAGUGUUACAUACGUGCAUGGUCGGCAUUAGUCAAGAAUUAAUUUCCUGUAGUUAAUAAGUGAUUAAAACUAGAUGUUUUAAUUGAUUAAGUAAUAGUGUUACCCAACAGCAGAGAAGUGUCUGCAAUUUGCUGUGUAGGAGGAGCUAAAAGCUCCAUAACUCUCAGGGCAAAGCUGCUGAGAGCUCAGAGCGAGUUCCAGUCUGUGCAAGCAGGAAAUCAGAUACGUGGAAAGAUGUCUGGGAAGCCAGUUCUGCACUAUGCCAACUCAAGAGGCCGAAUGGAACCAAUAAGGUGGCUACUAGCAGCUGCUGGAGUUGAGUUUGAAGAAAGAAUUCUGAAAACAAAGGAUGAUCUCCUUAAGUUAAAGUCGGAUGGAUCCCUGCUGUUCCAGCAAGUGCCCAUGGUGGAGAUUGAUGGGAUGAAGAUGGUGCAGACCAGAGCCAUCCUCAACUACAUAGCAGGGAAAUACAAUCUCUACGGGAAAGACCUGAAGGAGAGAGCCCUAAUCGACAUGUAUGUGGAAGGAAUGGCAGAUCUGAAUGAGUUAAUCAUGUACCAUGAAUUCAAAAUAGCUAAAGAAAAGGGGCACGAUCUUGCAAGUAUUUUGGACAAGGCAACAAACAGAUACUUACCAGUCUUUGAGAAGGUUUUGAAAAACCACGGACAAGACUUUCUUGUUGGCAACAAGCUGAGCAGAGCAGAUGUGAGUUUAAUGGAAACCAUUUUAUUGGUGGAAGAGUUGAAGCCUGAUGCACUUGCAAAAUUUCCCCUCUUGAAGAGUUUCAAAGCAAGAAUGAGCAAUAUUCCCACCAUCAAGAAAUUCCUGCAGCCUGGCAGCCCAAAGAAACCACUUGUUCAGGAAAAGGAUAUACCAAGUGUGAUGGCAAUUUUCCACUGAGCAGCAACCUACCUGCACUGUAACUCCAUUCCAUUGUCUGUCGUGUUUCCUGAGAAGCAAAGUGAAAUUAAUGAAAUCAGUUUAAUUUCAAUAGUUUCAUUUGUACAUUGGCAAAGUGUUAACAGAGCGUUGUCUCAAAUUUGAGAUGUUAUCUUAAAUACUUCAACAGUUUUGUAGAAUAAAGUUGACAUUACAAUGUA